UGGACGGAAAGGUAGAAAGAGAAGGAUGCAGUCUUGGCCAAGCCCAGUGGUCUAUUGGUGUCCCUCACUGCCAUAAUUUUCUUGAUGUCCAGAAACCGGAAGUCCUCCUUGCCGGUCUUUCCAUGUACUAAAGUUUCGAAGGUGUCAGAAAAUGCUCUGCCAAGCAGUCUGAAGGCAGUUGAAGAUCAGCUAAAGAUAUGUGGCCACAAGAGAGAUCUUGACGUCUUGGAGCUGUUCCUUUCUAAAAAUGGACUGACAGAAGUUAUUGAUCUUUCUAGAUUUAAAAAAUUAAGAUAUUUGUGGCUCCAUCAUAAUAAGCUACAUGGAAUAUCAUUUUUAACUCGAAACUAUUGUCUGACUGAGCUGUAUCUGAACAAUAAUGCAAUAUUUGAGAUAGAAGGUCUGCAUAAUUUGCCCUCGCUGAAUAUUCUUCUGUUGCACCACAACGAGCUGACAAACAUCGAUGCUACUAUGAAGGAGUUAAAGGGGAUGCAGAACCUGAGGACCCUAAGUCUGUACCAAAACCCUUUAUCUCAAUAUAACCUCUACCGUUUGUAUAUAAUCUACCACCUUCCGGGACUGGAGCUUCUCGAUCGGAGGCAAAUUACAGAGAAAGAGAGAAGAUCGAUGAUUACCAUUUUUAACCAUAAAAAAGCUCAUGUCAUUCAAUCAAUAGCAUUCGGGAAAAGAGUGGAUGCCUCCUGGAACCCCAAGUUACCAAUAAAGCAAAAGCGGGUCAAAAAACUUCCCUCAGAUUUUGCAUUCGGGGAUAAUGUUGACAAGACACUGUUUGAUGACCCUGAAGAUGCUGUGUUUGUAAGAUCCACAAAGAGGUCGCUGAUGGCCUUUACCUCCAUGAACUGGGACACCGUUCUAACACAAAGUGAAAAGUUUGAAAGGAAGAAAAAGAAUGCCAUGGCCGAGAUGCUCAUGAUUUCCCUGCGGUAGCAGCACUUCCGGAAAUCUUGGUGCUGCUCGCUUACAGUUAAAACACUCCCGCAAUUUAUCUCCUUAUACAUUUGUUGCUGAAGUUUUAAAAUAGAAGAAUCAGUGGCAAAACAUGUUUCCUACACUAUAAGUUUCAUAAUGUAAAAAUUUUGUACGAGUUACCCGUGUGUAAAAAAUAAAGCCAUUUUUUUCCUCCCAGCCAUUUACUUUCCAACA